UGAGGGCAAAUGGCGCUUUCUGAUAUGAUUUGUUCUACGGUCAACAAAAGGGACGAAGAAGACCAACGUUAUGCAAAAUUCAAGAAGAGCAAGGGUACGAAACUGCGGCGAGGUCGAUGAAUAAGGGUAUAGCGUGUUUAGGCGCAGUGUUGCUGGCCUGUUUUCACUCAUGACGAUGAUUACGACGAUGACGCGAAGGACCUCGGAAAGCAAACGGAUGAUAAACCGAAGCGAGCGAGCGCGUGGCUACGAUGAAUGUCUCUUACUUUUACCCCACCUUUCUUAUGUUCUCCUUUGCCUCUUUUUCUUUUUCAUCCAACUACCCAAGGACGUUUACUGCCCUGGCUCUACUACUUUGCUUUCUGGGACCAACUCUGGAAUGGGAUCCCAAAUUUCCUUUGUAACUACUCUCUCCUGCCGCAGUCGAAUGGACGUGAUGCUAUCGGAGGCCGUUUUACUCCCGGCCUCCGUGACCGGGCCCGGUGCCGCCUCCGCUGGCCAGAGGCUGGCCGCCUUGGCCUGUCGAAGCAGUGGAAGUAAUAUAUACUUAGAGGCAUCUAAUUCAUGGUUUAUGAAGGAGUUAGCUCCGUUUCCUCCACGUGAUCGGCUGGUCCGCAUUAGCUCUGUUGGUAGUACCGGUGGCAUCAAGGUGCUGUAGUCUGGAUUGUGCUCGCAGUGAUAAUAGUUCCUAAAAAUGUAUGCUUGC